UACAUUUCCCAUGAUUCACUGCGUGACCUGCGCACUUGCUGAUUCGCUGCCAGACAUUAAAACCAACACGCUUGUUGUCAAUUGUCACCUGUCAGUGGCUCUCGUGAAACACAAACUAGAAGGCUAUCAAGCGAUCACUGUGAAAGAAACGCCGAACCGUACAAAUGCAACUCAAUGCUUGAAGCAUGAAGGUGGAAAUACAUAAUAAAUGUGCACAAACUCACCGGCGGUGUGUGUCUCUUACGGCAACGUGACCGUGAAUUACCGCGACGCUGACCCUCUUAUAAUCACAUCCACACCCCUUUCCCGAUUCACAGUAGAUUAACCCUUUCGGACAAGAUCGUAGAUGAAGCACAAUUUAAACGCGCUUAACCUAGUGAACGCAACAACAACAACUAUGAUCGGGGAUUGCCACGAGUUAACUUUCGGCUAACGUCGCUAGCUUAUACUGUUCAUUCCACAACAGUUGGCAGCUCUGCUUUUGACAAAGUCAUCCAUCCAAAAAUCACACUUACUUUUUGGCAAAUCCUUGAUCAAAUCAAAUCAAAUCAAAUUUAUUUAUAUAGCCCUUUACAAAACCCGAAAGGUCCCCAAAGUGCUUUACAACAAAGACAAAGAUGGCACAUAGUAAAUAAAAAGGCAGGAAAGUAUUAUACAAUGACAUUAGGAAGAAAAGAAAAAAAAAAAAAAAAAGAAACGAAACAUCGCAUCACGAUUAGUCAGACAGCAAACAAAACAAUAAAACAGAUAAAAUCCGAAAACAUUAAAAACCCUAAGGAAAUAAAACCAGGCUAAACUAAUCUUGGGGAAAGGCGAGUCUAAAAAGGUGUCUUUAAACGAGAUUUAAAAAGGCCCAAAUUUGUAGUGGUGCGGAUCUCCGGGGGAAGACUAUUACAUAACCUGGGUGCAGCAACCGCAAAAGAUCGGUCUCCCCACUGUUUGAGUUUGGACCUUGGGACUUGCAAAUGAAGUUGGCCGGUAGAGCGAAGAGUCCUGCCAGAGUUACGGAUGGUUAAAAUUUCUGAUAAGUAAGAAGGAGCCUGGCCAUUAAUAGAAUUAAAAACAAACAGUAAAAGUUUAAAAUCAAUUCUAAAAUGGACUGGAAGCCAGUGGAGCGAUGAUAGCACGGGGGUAAUAUGUUCACGUCUAGGUGUAUCUGUUAAAAAUCGAGCAGCAGCAUUUUGAACAAGUUGGAGACGAGAAACUGAGGACUUGGGAAGACCAACAUAAAGUGCGUUGCAGUAAUCCAGCCUCGAGCUUAUAAAAGCGUGAAUUGCUUUUUCCAGGUCGUGGCGAGUAAGAAAAGGCUUGAUCAUAAGCAGACCGGUUAAGGAAGCAGGCAUCUUCGAAGUGCUUGCAGCAGAGAACACUACUCGAUGAUGGCGUGAAAUUCAUUCGCUUCCCGCGAACGAAAGAUGUCCAUUUACGUGCCCUGCUAUCCUUUGGUCACUCAUACAACUUUUCGUUUGAGUGAGAACAAAACAUCGCCACACACCGCCGUGGCAUCUUACCGAGAAGCAAUGCAACAAACAAUACUGUUCUAUGGCGGACUUCCCUCGCACUUCUGGGUGUGACGUAGUUUCCGAAGAUUGCCGAAGAAAAGCAUUUUCGUUGUCAAGGGCGUUGCUAUGGGUUAAACAAAGAAUCUGGAAGGGUUGCCUUAAAAAAAUAACGAAAAUAUGCUUAUAAUUGUUUACCCAUUGAUAUUAUUCAAAAACAUGGUUGGCCAACCUUACUUCACAUUUCCGCUUCAAGUGAUUUCGACUUUAUUACGCCGGAGUCUCGACCACCAAUUCGGCCCCAGUGUUUUUUUUUUUUUUUUUUGUCACAUAACGGUGUUAAGUACAAUGGAGCAUUAGGACCAAAUAAAGGAGAAGGGUUAGGGUUAGGGUUUGGUUGCAUUGCUGCCAAUGGCAUCGACUUACUUAGGCGCCAGUUGAAUGUCAAUGGGCUGAUAUAGUACGUUUUUGGUCAAAACUCACAACCACAUAGGUUUAUCUGCCAUUGAAAAUGAAGGGGAAAAUUUGGACCUAUUGUACAUCUUCAUCAAUGGCAUGGACGUGCAUAGCUGUCAAUAGCAUCGACUUACUUGGGCGCAAGUUGGCUGUCAUGGUAAGUGCUCAAAAUCACAUGAACCUGUUUUCCUGCCAUUGAAAAUGAAAGGAAAAUUUGGAUGUACUUGGCUGUCAGUGGCAUCCCAUUAGAAACGAAUGGGCAAGUUUUUUGCAAACUUUGGGAGAACAGUAGGUUUUUGCCAAAUUCUGUAUCCAACCUUUAUAACCUACCGUCCUGGAAUUUUUUAUGUCUAAAUGAAGCGAGCCUCAGCACACACUUCGUCCCUUCAUGACUCGACACGCUUCAUAAGUGGUCAGACCAGUUUCACCAAAUACUUUUCGACUUGUACAGUACUUGAAUUAAUUUACUGCCACUCUAGUCAUUAUAUGUUGAAGUCACCAACAGGACCUUCGGCGAGCGGAGUAGUAGCCUAAACGAACAACUGCAGCUCGACAUUCCAAACUUGUGCACUCGAAAACAAUGGGUGACUGUCUGGAGGACCAUCUUCAAUGUCCCACCUGUCUGGACAUCUACAAACAUCCUGUCAUUCUUCCGUGCAGUCACAGCUUCUGCCGUGCGUGUCUUCAGCAGUGGAAGGACAAAGGAGAACGAUCGUGUCCACUUUGUAGGACAGAGUUUAGUUCGAUGGAUCCACCUUUUAACUUGACACUCAGGAAUAUGUGUGAGAACCUUUCACAAGCCUCAGUCAAGUCAGAGGACAUGUGCAGCUUGCACCAAGAGGAACUCAAACUCUUCUGUUUGGACCACCGGGAGCUCGUGUGCCAUAUCUGCAGAGACUCAGAAAUCCACGUUGGUCACACGUUCCGGCCCCUCAAAGAAAUUGUGAAAGGUCAUCAUGAGGAACUCCAGGAAGGCCUGCAGAAAGCCAAGGAAAGACUCAAAGAUUACAACAACUGUCGAGAGAACUGCAAUGAACAGGUAGAGUACAUCAAAGUCCAGAAGGAGAAGGUCGAACGCAAGAUUAAGAAGGAUUUUGAGGAGCUCCGGUGCUUUCUCGACGUCGAGGAGGAGGCCAGGUUGGCUGCAGUAAGGGAGGAAGAGCAGAAGAAGAGUAAGAUCAUGAAGGAGAACAUUGUGGUUCUGGGCCAACAAAUGACCGUUCUCUCGGAUGUCAUCAGAAGCACUGAGGACCAGCUGGCGUCUGGUAAUAAUUCUUUCAUGAAGAAGUUCAAGACUGCGAUGAGCAGAAUCCAGGAGCUGCCUAAAACACCGCAGCUGCUGCCAAGGGGUCUGCUGGACGAAGCCAAACACGUGGGCAACCUCAAAUUCAAGGUGUGGGAGCGGAUGAAGGAGACGCUCGCCUACAGUCCCGUCAUUCUGGACCCCAACACGGCCUAUCCAAGAAUCAGUCUGUCUGAAGAUCUGACCAGUCUGAGUUGGGUAGACGUACAGCAGGAGCGUCCAAAGAAUCCAGAGAGGCGGAAGUGGGAGAAUGUGCUGGGUUGCACUUUGGACUCGGGAAGACACGUGUGGGACGUUGAAGUGGGAGACAACGAUGUCUGGUACGUGGGGGUCGCGUGGGGGAACCCUUGUUUGCCAGAGAAAAUGACUGGUUGGUUCAUCGGACAUCGCAAUGGGAAAUACAGAGAGGUCAGUGGCAAAUAUGGAGAAUGGAAUCCGUCUGUCAAAGUGCAGAGGAUCCGAGUUGAAGUGGACAUGAAUGAGAGGUCAUUGUCCUUCUCUGAAACUCUGACAUGCACCGAAUUGUGGAAAACUAAGAAGUCUUCCAAUUGGCCAGACUUGUCCGGUAACACCAAAAUGUAUCCUUACUUUUCCACAAAAUGUAAGAUUCCUCUAAAAAUAAUCCCCAUUCCACCUGGUGUUACGACUGCCAUCAGUUUGCAGUCAUGUUGACACAGCUUGAUUUUUUUUGGUGUUGCUUUUAAUGUAAUCUAAAUCAUUCCUUUUCUUUUUCCACAUGAUUUGACUCUCACUUUUUGGCCAGGUCAGGUGAUAAGACCUUAGUGGAGCAAGUUAAGUA